AAUUUUUGAUUGUUAGCCCGGGGUUAUGUUCCUUUUUGAUAUACUAAUGUUACACUGAAACUUAUGCAUUCGAAUUUGGGUAUCGUACAUGAACGGAGAGCAAAAAUGAAAGUACUCUUGCUUGCUGCUGCACUUUUAUUUUCUUCGGCUUAUGCUGAUGAGUGCGAUGAGACCGCCGAAUGCAAUACUGGAGAAAUAUGCUACAAAUUUGAACCAGCCAUAAAAGAGGGAGUUUGCUCUUGCCCGGGAGGUUAUACAGGAGAUGAAUGCAAAACAAUCGACGAAGAUAGGUACGUAGACAGCACGUGCCCUUUGCCAGAAACAUCAAAAUUUCCGUCACUAUGUACAGUCAUUGAUGGAUGCGCUAUUGACAAUAGUUGCGAUUCUGAUGAAAUUUGUUGCUCAAAUGAAAACGGAUGUGGUUCUGUAUGCAAAAAGAAAGAUUGUUCCGUUGAAGCCAACAAAAAGUCGUGCACAGACCAGAAUAAAUUGUGCAUAAAUGACGCGGAUGAUGGAUUCAGAUGUGCUUGUGCAUCCGGAUACGCGGGCGAUGAUUGUAAAGAUAGAGCGAUGAUUGACGAGAUGUGCGAAUACCCUGAUAUAAUGGAGACUUGUGAAGCAAUUGAACCAGGCUGCACGGCUACUAGUCAAUGUGAUGAUGGAAAAAUAUGUUGUUCAACUGGUUGCGGCACAGAAUGUGUGGAUAAAUCAACGGAUCCUCCCAAAAAAGGGCUUGAUAUUGGGCUGUUCCUUCUAUUAUCUAUGCUUGGUGGCAACAGCGGCGGUGGCAGCGACGGACUCUUUUCUUUCGGAGGAAAAAAAUGUGGACAUUGUCCAGAUUAUUGUAGCGCGAGAAGUCACAUAUGUCAUGGCAAUCUUCUUGCAAAAUGUGAAAAUAUUUGCGGACAGUCUUGUGAUUUUGUCUUUAAAGAUUACCAUCACGAAGCUAAAUACGUAACAAAAUCGUGUGUUUGCCCCGCCGAUCGACCACCUGCCAAUGUUAGAUGCGAUCAAGAAAUUAGCUAUUGCAUGCAAUACGAAUGUGGAUAUCUUCAUUGUCGGGUGAGUAGGUGCGGAGGAUGUACAGUUGGUUGGUACGACGACAAUUGGACUCAACAACAAUGCCCUCAAACACGAUCACGAAGUUUCAAUAGGGGUCACGAAGGUGGUCAAGGUGGUUUGUUCGGUAAUCUCUUCGGCAAAUAAACAGCAGAAAUUGAAAUGCACAAAAGAAUUAAACGCUCUUUUUCAUAAGAGAGUCAUUUGUACGGCAUAUACUUUUUCAAAACUUUUUCGAUUUUUCAUUCUUACUACAAAGCCUUUGAAUACGCAAGAUUUAGGAGACUGUCGUAUUUUCCGACUGAGAAAAUUUGGAUAACAAUACAGAGCAUCUUUAAGUUUUUGUCUAAUGUAGAAAAAUUUACUAAUACUCCGACCUCGUUUAUAACAUAAUAAAAUAUAUUCUAUAUUGAUCUUUGAAUUUAUAAAUGUGUUACAAAAUGUUA